AUCGCAGUAUAAUUAGGAUGUAUGACCAGGUGAUAUUCACAUGUGAACUCUUGCACCACAGAACUGUGGGCAGCCAAAUCGAGGAGACACGGCGCACUUGGGAGGAGCGGUGCUCUUGGUUUCCGGCUGCCCAAAGGAAUUUGGCAGCAAGGUGUUCCGAAAUUUACAAGGAGAGUCUUGAAAAGUACGGCAACGAUUACUACGAGUUCUAUGCAAAUAGGAAUCGUUUGAGGGAAGAACACAGAGUUAAUACCAAGUCUUAUAAACGUCGGGAAAGAAGAAGGUCCCACAGGCCAAUGGACCAUUUAAAAGAAUAUAGGGUGUCGUCAACUUCAAACGGGGAAUACGGAAGUGUUCGGCCAAUGCCACUCCUUCAAUGGCUUUAGAAAACUGAACGCAUAAAAUUUAAAGUUUGGAAAAAUAGUAUGAUAGUAUGCCGUACAAAUAAACAUGUAACUAACCUUAUGGAGGUAAGGUGUAUUGACCUUAAAUAAAACAAACUGUAGAAAAUAAAAAUAAAAAGAUUGCAGGUAUGUCUUCAGUAACUCACAUUGGUUACUUAUAUUUUGAAAAGAUUCAAAUUUCAUUUUAAAGGAACCUUUUAAAAGUUUAGCUCUCUUAAAAAAAAAGUAGAAAAGCCAUUUUAAAACUUUUCAAAGGUAAACGAAGGCCAUUUCUUAUAACACAUUCACAAAAAAAAUAAGACAAAUUUAACGUUGGCAAAAAAAUGUAAAAAAAAACAGUUGAGGCUAGUCAUUCUUUCCAAUGAGUAACAUUAUAUUUUCCCCUUGAGAAAUUAGCCGCAUGCAUGAUACAAAUCCUUUGGAUUAUGCUAAUUUGGCUCAAACUGAGUCAGAGUUCCCCAAAGUUUGAUACCAAGCAGUUUGUGGCGAAAUAAAAAAGGUGGAAAUGGUCGGAGACAUGCAAAAUGCGAAAACGCGCAACAAACCGCAAUCGAAUGCAUUCAAGUCCAAACAGAGUAACCAAGCAGCUAACAAAAGGCCAAAAGCAGUUCAUGACUCAUGCGAUGACUGGGGUUUCCAUAUGGUAAGGAACAUCGCAUGUCUGCCGGACUCACCUGGGCGUGAGAAAUGCAAUCCAAUGGCUCAUUUGCAUACAAAGCCGUUCGAUUGUGGGCCAAAGGCACCGCGGCGAUGGCUACAAAUGGCCCACAAACAGCUGCUGGUCUGGGCCGAAAAUUUAUCUCAGACAUCUCAGCAUGGCAUUGAUCGACUGGCAAGGGGCGUAAACGCCAUACAACUUAGCCAAAAUGAAUGUUUCUUGUACAUAGCCAGCGACGUUUGAACUCAAGUUUACUUAGGAUCUAAGCGAAAGAAAUCCUCGGCAACUCUGUAAGCUAAUCUACAUCUAAAUCUAAAUCUAAGCUAAUCUUGUGCGUGUUGUAAAUUCAAAAAUAAAACAUAACUAAAUCAAACAGAGAGGCGGAAAAAAAUCCUUGUCGGUUUUAGAUAAGUCAAAAACUAACCUUCCUUCAUUAACCUUCAUCAAUGAAAUUUGUUAAUACUUUAGUUUACCAUUUAUUUGUAAGUAUUGGAAAAUCAAAUGUUUGACAAAGAAAGUAAAAACCAGAUAGUUUGUAAAACUGAACAUGAAAAUGAAAAAUAAAUUAAGUCCAA